AUGGCAAAAAAAUACAUGGAACGCCGAUUCUCUAAGUCUCAUCACACAACUAUACCUGCUAGUUUUAAAGUGCCAGAACCUUACGAAUUCUACAAUAAAGCCACACCAUUUGUGCAGAGGACCUUAUUGUUUGUGGCUGAUGAAAACUCUGGGCCAAAACCGAGUAGCAGUACCAGUGGCGAAACACUUGAUAACGACAUUCAAGAUGCUUCAGUCACAGAAACGGCAGCAUCAACGUCUAAACCGCCAGAAGAGCAAGAAAAAUCACCUAAGAAGAGCUCAUUUUUCUUUUCCCCCUCCAAAAGUUGUAAGAUUCACGGUCGCAGCUUUUUCCGGCUUCAGACAAGCCCCAAAAAGUCGAAAGCGCAGACAAGUGACGUAGUUACUGGUGCACGGGCGACAACGACGCCUGGUGCGGGGAGUGGGGGUCUUAUCAGCUACGCUCCUGGGUGGUCUUUGAAGGGCGAACAUCUUAUAAAAUGGCAAGAAUCCGGGAAAACUACUAUUGAGGUAAAUAAACUAAUUCUUUUAUUCAAAUUACAUAUUGCUCAGUUCUACACAUGCAAAUUACAUUUUAGAUGCAAAAUUUACUUUGUUAUACUUAAAAUCAUUUAA